GACUGUAUUGCCGGAAUUAGCCUUACAGCGAUAGCUUUGCCAUGGAUGUUGAGUGUGGUAGAAUAUGUGGAGUACUAUCAGGUCACCAGUCCUUAUUCGCCUUUUGUGUCGUUCCUGAUACCUCUUCUGGCCUGUGUUUAUUACCCAAAGCCAAAAGUUUGGAGUAUAACACGUGGUGAUACGUCUAACAUAGUUUCAAUAGGAUCAUGCUGUAUCUUGUCGGCAUGGUUGAACUUCCAGCUCGGAUGGAUGACGGAGACGCCCAAAUCGUCGGUUCUUCAACCCCUGCCUACAAUUACAGCCGAGUGGGUAACAUACAGUCUUUUAAGAACAGUGUUAGGCGUUAUAGCACUUGCAGGCUCUAGGAUCAUCUCGAAAAAGAUUUUCGUGAAAAUAGUAUGUGCUUGCGCUGGUGUUGACACAAAAGAUAUAACAAAGCAACGGGAACUUGGUCUUGAGGUGCCAGUACGCUGGCUCACUAUAGGCGGGCUAGCUGUCUCUACAGCUUUUACGGCUCCUUUAUGCUUUAACUAUCUAGGUUUACUGAGAGAUGGUUUUUAUAGUGAAGUUGGUCUAUGAGAUUUUUCUCUAUUUUAGACAAAAUAUGGAUGUUGCAAUAUACUUUAGGAAUAGAAUAAGAGAUUGGGAGUAGAACACUUUUUGAAAAUAGUGUCAAUGUUUAAUAUCCGCCUUGAUUUAAUUAAAAGUAGAUCACAAUUUCAUGAUUCUGAUACAAUUAAUGAUAGUUUCAUUUCAUUGAAAUAAAGAUACAAAGAUCUUCAGUUGAAAGCUAGUAGCUCAACUUAGUUGUAUACUGAAGACGAGUUUUACAUGAAAUUUACACAAAAGAUGUGUACAUGUUUUUAUUUUGUGUUAAAGCUAUUCGGGCAAUAGUUGUAAAUAUUGUAAUUUUUUGUUUUAUUUGCAUUUAUAUGUAUGUUAUGUACAUUGUUAAUUCACUACGGAAUACCAUAAGAGAGUUUUUAUGUUGUUCUGUAGAAGUCAGUACAUAGUUUCAGUCAUUUUUCACAUGUUACUGGACUGCAUUGUUGCCUCAGAACAAAAGUAUUGUACCUAGUAAGAUAAGGAAGGCAUUAGCAGAAUUCUUGAAUUGUAACAUUGACAUGCUAUGAUACAAAAUACUCUUCUGAUCUAAGCUUUUCCUUUAUCUUACAUUUUUUCAGUAUUUUUAUCAUUUUUUUCUUACAUAGCUUAAACCCUUACUAUGCAUGGACUUGUCCAAUUUUUAAUCUGGACCAUUCAUCAUUUUUAGUGCAAAAUUUUAAAGUCUGUACAGACUGAAGUGAUCAGUGCAGACCAUGUUCAUAUGACACAAAAGAUGCCGGCUGAAACUGGUCUGAACUGGUCACAUGGGUAGUCUCAAGCAGUUUCUGCCAGCAGGCUAAGGGUUAAAAUUGAUGAUUGUUUUAGAAGGUUUUGAUAAUGUUUGUAAUUCUGAAUUCAUUUUGUACUAUAAUUUACUUGAUAUUGUCAGAAUGUUGAAUUUUAUUUCUUUCAAAAGAUAUUGAUGUUUUAUUGAGUGAAUGAUUAUGUAUUUUUAUGAACUUUUUUUUCUCAGUUGAAUGAUUAAAAUUGUUUUUGGAAAUAAUAUGCAGUCUUAUUAGUUUAUCAUUUAUGUAAUCUAGAUAAUCUAGAUGAUUGCUUAUCUAGUGGAAUUUGUAGAAGCAGGACAGCCUACAUAUUCACACAAUCAUGUAGACUGUAUGAUUCAAACAUUUUGAUAUAAAAGUUCAUUGUAUUAAAGUGAAUUGGUCUAUAAUGGAAGGUCUGUUAAAUGCCAUGAAUAAUUACAUUGACAGUAUUUAGUAUUAGAUAUAACAACAAACAACAAAGUAAUUAUUAUAUAUGUAUGUUAUUGGCAAGUGUGAGAUACAUGAUCCAAUAUUACAUUUAUUUUAUUUAGCAGAUAAUAAAACGUAAUAUAACAAAAUAUUAUUAUUCAUCAGUUAAUUAUUGAUUUUGAAUAACUUAGAACUUUAUCAACAUUUUAUUUUCAAACUGCAUUUUAUAAGAAUAUCCGAAGGAUACAUUUCUAUUGUUUUUACAUCAACAUUUGAAAUACUAAUGGAAAAUGUGCCCAUUGUAGACCAAUCCACUUUGACAAUGGACUGCAAGUGUUUGAACUUCAAAGGAGGGCAAAUUUAUUUACACACCUUGCACAGGCUAAAGGUUACAUUGGUCUAUAAGAUUGAUACAUGAAGUAGUGUCAUUAUUAUCAUUAUUUGGUAUUACAAAAUAUUUUCCAUUAUAUUUUAAAAGCUCUUUGUAUCUUCGAGAUUUAUAUGUUUGAUAUACAGUAAUCCCGGUAAGCAUGUUGUUAUUGCAUACUAGUAUUUAUAAUAAGGUUAUUGACUAGCAUAUGGUAAGGUUACUCACCCUUCUUCAGUUUGUCUAGAAGACACUGCAUAUUCUACAUAAUUUUGAAUAUUGACCUCUGCAAAUAUUGAAGUCCGAUAAGGUCAAAUGGACUUCACCCUAGGGGUCAUGGGUAUUUGGUGCAUUGUCUAGUGGACAACUACAAAGUUUGAUCAAUUUAUAGCCUUGGAGUCAAAUGAGCUUGCCCUGGGGUGGUUAGUGGCCUGCCAUGGGUUUUCAUUAUGAAACAUUCUAUUUGACAUACAGCUAUAAAAUUUGAACCAUAAUGGUUUUUGAUAUAGAAUAGAACUCUAAUUAGUUAAGAUAUACUGACUUAGUGACUUACUUUUUUGUUUCUUUUUAGAUACAGCUGUGAAAUUUUGAUGAUCAGUCUGUACAGUAGAUAAAAAAUAGAUUGUUGAUAAUAGUUGACCUCUAUUCUGACCUAGGGACCUACCUCCAAAUUCACUUAAUUCUACUGCAUUAUUCUGUUCUUACUAUUUAAUGUAUAAUGCGGUUACAUAGCAAUUUUUUUACCAAUGCAAUCUUGUUUUGAGUUGGGUUUUAAGUUGGACCAACACUAUUUGCAAUAUAAAGUCUUACAAACUUUACUGAUGGAGGAAGACCUCCAGUUCACACCUUUGUGCAUUAUUUAAGGUAUUAGGACCCUAAUGGGCACUAUCAGGAACUAAAGAAUUGACAUCAUAGGUCAGAUGUAUACCUUAAAGUACACCUGUAUGCAAAAUUUAAACAAAGUUUACCGUACAGAAAUCAAGUUAUGGCCACUUUUCUGAACUCAAGCUAGGAUGUUACGAGGGCUUUUUUUUAGAAAUGAGGACCUUUAAAUAAUCUGCAAUAACAUUCUAAUGAAAAAUGUUUUCCCAUGAAUUUUUGGUAAGAAACAAAUAGUACCAUUCAGCUAACAAUCCACAUAAGCAAAAUUAUGGUUUCUACUUAAAAAUUAUGAAAUCUGUAUAAAAAUGUUACCCUAUCCCACCCAUUUUUACCAUAUGUCUGACCAUUUUUCUAUUUAGGGAGCCUUAUUAAAAAAAUUCUUAAAAUUUACCCAAAUGAGUGCCUGUUUUCAAAGUUUCCCUUAAUUUUUAGAAAAGUAUAUUGGUUGAUCUUGUAAAAUAUGAAAUACUUUUACCGUUUAGUUUUGAUUAUAUUACACUUUGAAAAUAUCAGGUACCAUAUUUAUUACUAGAUUUAGCAUAAUUUAGCCAAUAAAUAACUAUAAAAAUUAAAAAUUCAAAAUUACACACUUUUUUCUUUCCAUAUGGGACAUGAGAGAUACAAAAAUAAUGUUAAAAGAAAAAAAGAAAGAAAAAAAAAGUUGACCCUUCUGGGGAUUGAACCCGUGGCCCUCAUUUUCAAUGUAGUUAACAGUAAUUCUAGCCUAUUUGAAUACUCUUCAAAGAGGAGGUAAUGCAUUAGGGUGCUAAUACCUUAAGGCAGGAGUAGACACCUGAGUAGAAGCACUGACAUUCUGUAAGCUGUCUGGAUAAAUGAAAGAAUCUAAGGUCCAUAUCAGGACUUCAACCCAUAGCAAAUUGAAACAACUUAUCUAAAAAUAGCUUAUUUAACCGUUAAAAAGGGUGAGGCCCACUUAGAGUAGUCUCAAGAAAUUUCCAAAUUUCCAUAAGUGCAUGGGUCCUUAGGUUUGUUGUUGAUAAAUGGCUUUAUUUGGUGUUUGGGAGAUAACUGUGUCACUUUUGAUAUGAAAGUUCAAUGUUCAACCAUAUAUGAUAAUGUAUUAUCACUUGUUUAAAACUAAUGAUAAUAAAUUAUCACAUGUUAUCAAAUUGAUGACAGUAUGUAAUCACUUUUUAACACCACAGUACUCAGUACCUCAUGAAGUACAGCAAGAUAUUAACAUAGCUCUAGUAUUAUUGAUUAAUGUUUAGAAGUUUGAAUGUAAAAUCAUUGGAUCAAUAAUUCUUUAAGUGAAGCAUUAAUUCAUAUUCAACAUAAGAAAUUGAAUGUACAAAUUGUCUUGUAAAAUAUGCAACAUGACCAUUUUGAAAUUUCAUGAUUGAACAUCUCGAGGGCUUGAUACUAAAGGAUUGUAACUCAUAUUAAAUAAAGAAGGAGUUACAACCCUUUCGCACCAAGCUGUUGAUAUAUUAAUACAAAAAUGUGGGUAAAUAUUUCACUGUUAAGCUUAUAAUCACAUUGUAUUAAUGCAAAAUAUUACAUGCUGAAUGCUGUUUUUACUUGUGUAGAAUGAUGAUUAGAUGAAAUAUAUUUUGGGCACUAA